CCGAAAGGUGUGUGAUAGGCGGGAAAGACGGGAAAGUGGUGGUGAGUAUUUCAGGGAUGAGAGAGUCGUCGUCAUCCUCAUUUGAUCCUUACUCCUGGAAGAAUUUCUAUUUCCACGUUGAUCGAGAAGAAGCAACACGGCUACUAUGUCAGCCCAAUUCUGAUCUGGGUACAUUCCUUAUCCGAGAUUCUACUACUCCCGGAAGCUAUGCCUUAAGCGUCAGAGAAGAACUGUCUGGUGAUCAGCAGGUUCGACAUUAUCUCAUUGAGCCCGUUGAAUCGGAUAAUGGCAAAACAAAUGUGAGAAUAGCUGACCAGUACUUUCUUGACAUUCCUGCUUUGCUCAACCAUUUCAAAAUGAGGAUUUUGGCAAAUGUAAGUUUAGUAUGUCCACUCAGAAAAGCCGCAAUUAACAGGAUGAUUGCUUUAUACUCAUUUGAAGGACAAGAACCAACGGAUCUCUCGUUUGAGAAAAAUGAAAUUCUUGAUAUAAUUGAAAAACCACAGGAAGAAUGGUGGGAAGCUCGUAAUGCUUUGGGUAAUGUUGGUCUUGUGCCAGGAAAUUACUUGGCACAAUUCAAUGAAGUUCUAAUGCAAAGAGACAGUCCUGAUUCUUCGGUUUCAUCAGAAAAUCGUUUAAGCGGUGCAUCUGUUCUUAGUGAUAUCAAUGAUGAUAUGUUGAACAGUACACAACUUUCUGAAACGCCACAUAUACCGACACUGGCACGUGUUAUCUUAGAUAGACGACCAAAUGUAUACGAUACGGAAGCGCUACGUCUGAAGAAAGGUGAUUUGCUGAGAGUAACCAAGCUACAUCCGUCCGGUAUUUGCGAAGGGAUCUUGAAUGGUAAGAAAGGUACUUUCCCGUUUACAUAUGUAGAAUUUGUAGGCGAUGCAGAUACAGCAACAACGCCUACCCCCAUAUAGCAGACCGAUUUCCUUUCAUUUCAUUAUUUCUUCACACAAUUGUUUGCAGCUUUUUGCCAUUGAAAGCAAGUACUUUUCCAAGGAAUAGAAGUAUUUGAUACUUUCUCUGGAUUUUUUCUCAUAUGUUUUCAAACUGAUUUUAAUGGAAUUCCCAUUUAAUUUGUAUGUUAUGCAUAAUAUAUGUUGCACAUGAAUGUUUCGGCAGCUGUCUGUCUAUUUUUGCUUCGCAGUCCUUAACGGGAACCUUUUUUCUCGUUUAUUUUGAUUUAUGAUGGCAUAAAACACAAUGAACCCGUAGACCCGCACUUAGAUUUGUAUAAAUUAGGCCUUGCAGUAUCACUUUUGACAUUGGACAUUUGGUUCCAUUUAUCAGUUAAAAUGUACUUGUAAAAAGAAAUAUGUGUAGAUUCUUUCAGGUACAUAUAGAUUAUUUUCUGUGACAUCACAUUGUGGAAGUAUUGAUAAAAUCAAGAAUAAAAAAGGAGUGCAAAGCAGGCAUAGCAGAAAGGAAAUAUUUUUAAUCAGGUUGAUUCUGGAGUCAUAUUUUAUCUUUAUCCAGCAC